AUGCAAGCUCUCCGUCCGCUCCUGCGUGCCCGCGCUGCUGCCCCUGCGCGUGGCCUCUCCGCCGCGCGCUCCUUCAGCUCCUCGCCCUCGCACUCGGUCGCCCGUCUGAUUAUCACCGGGCGCCUGGCCUUUGAGCCGGAGCUGCAGACGACCUCCACGGGGCGGGAAGUGGUCAGAACUCUUGUCUACGUCGAAGGCGAUGCCACCCUGCGGGCCUACGAGGACGCCGAAGGCAGGAAAAACACCAGCCUGCACGUUGUGCAAAGAAACCUCGAAGUGCUGAGGCGCCCGUACUCCGGUUCCCGGUCCGAGUCUUACUCUUCUGAGGAAUCGCAGCAGUAG